AUGGUAACCACGGUCAACUUGAGGAUCUGCGUCCUGGCCGCCUGCCUGCUUGUGGCUUCCCAGACCUACGCCGGCUACACAAUGGAGGAAAUGUGUGCCCAAUGGUGGGACAAAGGAUACGUGGGUAAUCCCACCGACUGCCAAGGCUGGGGCUACUGUUUGGGCCAGAAACUGGUAUCGUGGGGAUCUUGUGCCGAGAACGAAACCUUCAACGCCCAGCUGGGAAUCUGCGAUUGGUCCUACAGGACUCCGUGCAAGACCAAUCCAGUGGAAACUUGUAAGGUUGCCACCACGUUCAUGUAUGUGGCCGAUCCGGACGAUUGCAACCAGUACUAUAACUGCGAUGGCAAGGGUAAUAUGCAAGUGUUCAGUUGUGGCACCGGUGCUGUCUUCUUUGCCAGUGUGCCAAAGUGCGACUGGGGGCCCACAUGCCCCCAGGACUCCAUUUGCGAGUACAUGAAGAAUGAUAUUAUUGUUGGUGAUCCGGAAAAUUGUGGACAAUAUAUCUCGUGCUUUAAGGGCGCCGGUACACCUGGCACGUGUACCAAUGGAACAACCUACAACCUGCAAACUGGAAGUUGCCAAUCGACGAAUGCAUGCGAUUCCUCGAACAGUGGCACCGCCACCGAUGGUCAGUUUUCGGUCGGAGACACGAGUGACACAGCUUGUCAAAAUGGCUGGGCCAAUGCCAAAGAAGUCACUGGACCUGGAGCGUACAGAUUUGUUCCCGACAAUUCAACCUGUUAUGGUUUCUACUACUGUGCAACCGAGUCUAGUAUUGGUAUUUGGAACUCUUGCCCGACUGGCACCCACUUCAAUCCAAAGUCUGGACUAUGUGUCUCGCCAGCCACAUAUGCAUGUCCCCACAAUCGGUGCGGUAAUGUGGAUGCUUUAUUUAUGGCCACUGUGAACUCUGAAUGUUUAAUAUACCAAUAUUGCGCCAAGGAUGGUUACAGGUAUAUGUGUCCCCCAACGCAUCCCUAUUACGAUGAGGUGCAUAACCUUUGCACCUUUGGUAACCUUACAUAUGCUGUUUGCACUGAACAAGUUGAAGUUUAA